AUGUUGGUUAAAGAGAAGGAGAUAGUUUUGGAAGGAUUGAUUUUCAAUCAAAAUAACAAUUUUUUUCACGAUAUCAAUGAGUACAUCACACAACAAUUUAUUGAAACAAAUCCUUCCCAAAACUAUUCAAAUAGUCAAAAUUUAGACAGUUAUGGUUGCAAGUCCCAGCUAUAUAAUAAAAUUAAAUCUGAAGAUAAUCAUAAUUUUGUUAACAAUAAAAAUGCAAUGUUUAUCAAAGAAGAUCCAGUUAACAUGGAGUGUGGAGAUGAUAUUCUUUAUACAUAUGGUAAUAGUUAUUAUAAUGAAAAAGUGGUGACAAAAACAAAUCUAAUUGAAAUGGAGUGUGGAGAUGACAUUCUUUUUACAAAUGGCUCUAACUAUGAUGAACAUGCAGGGACUACAUUAGUGGGAUCAGAUGAGCUGGAGUGUGGUGAUGAUAUUCUUUUUACAAAUGGAACUAAUUAUUACUACUCUGAUGAGAAUAGUGUAGAAGGAAAUCUAGGUUUCAGUUACUGUUAUGAGAAUCCACAAACAAAUGUCUUGAAAGAUGAAAUUAAGCAGAAAAAUUAUAUUAAAAAUGCUAGAACUCCAAUUAUAGAUACUUUUGAAAAGCAAGAAGAUGACUUUCACUAUGGCAACAAAUGUGGUUUUAUCAAUCAAGAACUUUAUGUUUCUUCUCAACCUUCUAGACUACUGAAUGAAAACUAUAAUUUAAAAUGUGAAACCUGUGAUCGACCAUUUAAAAAUUUGUCCUUACUGAAAAAGCAUCAAUUAGAAUCUUGUAGCUUAAAAUAUUUCUACACAUGCAUAUUUUGUUCAAGUACUUCAUGGUAUAGCAGCACAUUGAAAAAUCACAUUGAAGUAGUACACAGUACAGAGUUGGAUAAAGAAAAUAUAGAUGACAUCAUGGAAAUAAUCAAACGGUCUAAACAAGUAGAAAAUGCAUGCCACAGAGGAACAAAAAAAACUGUAAAAAUAGGAGCACAAACGAAAAAGAAGAAAAUUUAUAUAAAUUAUAAUGAAAUCAAACAAUUAUUGAACAUAUGUUGCUUCGAAUGCAACAAACAUCCACAAUAUGUGCGAGGAAAAACCGAGCCGUAUUGUAAACAAUGUCAUGAGGAAUAUACUUUCCAGUGUCGAAAGUGUAGUCGAUUUUAUUUCAAAUACACAUCGGCUUUGCUGCAUGUUAAACGAAAUUGUAAAAAGAAAAUAAGCAAUACAACUUUCAUCACAAAUAAUCAAACGGAACAAGGACAAGAAAAGAGCUCAAAUACUUUGCAAAACAAAUCCGAUUCGAUCAAAUACUUCAAAACCUUCUGUGCCACAUGCAAUAAGUCGAAACAAAAAGAUUGUGUCACUAAAACAAUAUGUUGGAAUUGCAACAAAACUUCCAUUAAAUAUCAAUGUGACGUCUGCAAAAAACUUUUUAAAGUCAGAAUCAUGGCAAAGCGUCAUUCGCAAACGUGCGGUAGACAAUGGCAAAAACUUACAAGUUCGUCAUUGCCAACCAAUGCUUUGCUUGAUCACAACUAUUAUCGCAAAAGCAAAAUCAAAAGUCAGUCGAGAGAUAAUAGAUUGCCAAACAAAUACAGCAACCAUAACUGAAUUAAUUUUAUCUUGAUAUAAGCCUGACAAAAGCAUUUAAAGAGAAAAAGGCGACAAUUUUUUAUUUUUUUACAACACUGAAUUCCAUGUUUGACACAUUAUGUGUGAAAGAUUGUAUUUAUAUUUCAUUUUUUAUAUUUUAAUAGGAAUAUGAACAAAGAGGUACUUCUUUAUUAAAGAAUGAUUAUUGAAUAAUUACACAUUUAUUUUAAAUAUGUGACUGUGAUUGUUACCAUAUUGCUACAAAGAUUUUUCUAAGUAUAUGAGUAGAUAAAGAGGAUGAUGCUCUACUUCCAUAUUUCUAUACUCCAGCAGGACGUAUAAAAAUAAAUAUAUAUAGAAAAAAAUAAUAACACUA